UCUAUUUAUAUGGAGCCAAAGAAGUACACAAUACAUUGAAUAUUGUGGAAAAUUACUUUGCGGCAAAAAACAACAAUAAACUAUUAUAAUUCUGCAAAAAAAAUGGAUGAACCCAAGAAUGAAGAACAAAAAGCUGACGAAGUAGUAGACAAAAAUGAGGGGGCGCAAAAAUCAGCCGCCACCACAUUUGAAAGUGACGAUUCGAAAGACGAAACCGCAAGUGUAAGUACCGCGACUACGACAACAUCACAGAGCAAGUCGCCAAGUGCAUCCAGGACACCGUCUAGAGCUGGCAAAGAGCGAAAAAAGCAUAAGAAAUCGAAAAAUGUGAAGCCACUAUAUAAAUACAAUUGUCAUGUACGUGAUGAUUAUGGACAACCACUAUUCAGUGUACAAUUCAACCCACACUUACCAAGGGAGCAAGCAAUUUUCGCGGUAGUUGGUAAAGACCGAGCCACAAUUUACGAUUGUCCUCUGAAUGGAGAUGGCGGUAUAAAUGUCUUGCAAGUUUACGCCGAUCCAGAUCCUGAUGAGAAUUUUUAUACUUGUGCUUGGUCCUUUGAUGAUGAGACAAUGUGUCCUUUACUCGCAGUUGCCGGUUAUCGUGGAGUUAUUCGCAUUUUGGAUUUAGGUAAAAUUUCAUGUAGAAAACAUUUCAUCGGACAUGGCCAUGCUAUCAAUGAACUUAAAUUUCAUCCUAAAAAACCACAAAUACUACUAUCUGGAAGUAAAGAUCAUUCUUUGCGUUUGUGGAAUAUAAAAACUGAUGUUUGUGUAGCCAUAUUUGGCGGUGUUGAAGGACAUCGUGAUGAGGUGUUAUCAAUUGAUUUUGAUUGCCUUGGUAAGAGCAUAAUGUCAAGUGGUAUGGAUCAUUCAUUGAAAUUAUGGCGUUUGGAUAAAAUUGCGAUCAAUGAAGCUAUUGAAAAAAGUAUCACGUUUAAUAUAAGUAAAAGUGCUUUUCCUUUUCCAACAUUAAAAGAACAUUUUCCUGAUUUCUCUACAAGAGAUAUACAUCGGAAUUAUGUAGAUUGUGUGCAGUGGUUUGGAAAUUUCAUAUUAUCAAAAUCUUGUGAAAAUUGUAUUGUAUGUUGGAAGCCAGGUGAAAUGAACCAAACUGAUAUUAAAGCACAUGAUUCCUCAACAACAAUUAUAUAUCGUUUUGAGUAUAAAGAAUGUGAUAUAUGGUUUGUACGUUUUGCUUUUAAUUUCAAACAAAAAACACUGGCCUUAGGUAAUCAGGUUGGUAUUACUUAUGUAUGGGAAUUGGAUGAAAAUGAUCCAGAUUUGACAAAACGAAGUACACUAGUACAUUCCAAGUGUUCGUCGGCUAUACGACAGACGUCAUUCUCCAGAGACGGAACAGUAUUGAUUUGUGUCUGCGAUGAUGGUACAAUUUGGCGGUGGAAUCGCACUUUCCAUAGCUAGGUAUAUAUUAUGAUAUUUAAACAUUUAUUAUCUAAGAUAUAUAAGUAAU